GUUUCGUUUCUGAUCCGGAUGAGAUCAAGGCGCCGGCGGUGGGAAGGAGGAGGAGGAGAAGGAGCGGCGGGGCCGGCCCUGAUUGACUCCCCGCAGCCGGCGAUGCCGCAGCGCGAGAUGGGCGCGCUCAGCCCCGGCGGCUGGUGGCCGGGCUCUGCUGCCUACCUGGGCUAACCUUGGCGGCGACCAGCCCGCGGGGCCUCCCCGGGUGGCCCCACCUCUUCCUUCGCUCGCAGCCGGGCGCCGCUAUUAUAAACCGAUUAAUUCCCAGGCAGCAAUUAGAAAGAAGAGCGGAUCCUGCGGCAGGCGGAGCCUCCCAGCCCCGGCGCUCUGCAAAGGCCGGCUGGGUUGCGUCGUGUUGCCUCCCGGGCCCUGCAAAGGGGGAAGACGACGCUUCUCUGCCGCCCCCCUCGACUUCCCGGGCUCGUUUCCUCCACCCUGGGGCAGCUUCGGGUGUUCCUCCGCCCCCACCCUUUUUCAGGCUCGGAACCAACUGCAGAGGCCGGAACGAAACCGCCGAGCGCCCACCCACCCCCACCCGUGCGUAAAGUUCCCGGAGGAAAGCGCACGUGGGAAAGCAGGCCGAGAGAACCCGGGGAUGACGCGUGGCUGUAGCUCCGAGGACUGGGCGGGCUGAGCGGCUCCUCCCACCCUCCCGGAGGGUCCACGUUGGAUCACCGUCCCGCCCUCACCUGGGGAAAAGUGAGCCCGAAGGCCAUCAUGGAGACGCAGGUCGAGUCCCAUCCCAGGUGUGUCACUUCCUUGGUGACCGGUAGCUGAAUGUGUGGAUUGGGAGCUGGCUGGCUUACACAGUAACACGCCAAGAGAAUAUACAAGAUGGCUGACCAGAGUAACAUCCAAUCAGCAGCUUCCAAGAGUAUUCGCCCAUUCCGCUCUAGCGAAGAGUAUCUCUAUGCCAUGAAAGAGGACCUUGCUGAGUGGCUGAACACCCUCUAUGACCUUGAGGUCCAGGUGGAGAACUUCAUGGACGUUCUGGAGACUGGCUACGACCUCUGCCAGCAUGCCAACAACGUCAACCGCAUAGCCCUGGAGUUUCAACAGCUGCACCCAGAAGCAACAGCUCGCAUGAAAAUUCCGCAGAAAGAGGUCAUCUUCCAAGCAAAAAACGUGGUGCCCGGCUCCUUCAUUGCCAGGGAUAACAUCUCCAACUUCAUUCAGUGGUGCCGUCAGGAACUGGGCAUCCAAGACGUCCUGAUGUUCGAAACAAAUGAUCUGGUGCUGAAGAAGAACGAGAAGAACUUUGUCCUCUGCCUCCUGGAGGUGGCCAGGAAAGGCUCCAAGUUUGGCAUGCUGGCGCCCAUGCUCAUCCAGAUGGAAGAGGAGAUUGAGAAGGAAAUGAGAGAUCAGGUCACCUAUGGAGAGCUGGAGACGGAGCAGGCGAGCGAAGACCUAGGGCCCCAGUCGCCAGUCUAUCCAAGCAGGACUCAGAGAAUAACCUUAUGUGACCUCAAGAAUCUGGAUGAGCUGGUAAGGGAGAUCCUGGGCCAUUGCACCUGCCCUUCUCAGUUCCCCAUGGUCAAGGUCUCGGAGGGCAAAUAUAAAGUGGGAGAUUCCAACGCGCUGAUCUUUGUUCGAGUACUGAGGAGUCACGUAAUGGUUCGUGUUGGUGGAGGCUGGGACACUCUGGAGCACUACCUAGACAAACACGAUCCAUGUCGAUGUAAUUCUCUCUCCCACCGUCUGACACAGACACGAGGCCUCGCUUUCUCUCCACAAAAGAUGGCAACUCCAGGCAGCCCCCAAGCCGGCAGCCCCAGCAGCCAGCGCCGAGCUGAAGCUAUGAGCCUGCACAAGUCCUCUGAACCCAUCCGGGCAGGUGAUAAGCGAGGCGAUCCAAAUUAUGCCAAGGCGAACCGUCCAGGCUACCCAACUAAAGGAACUGGAGAUGCCACUGCUCUGAGGCAGGGGUCAACUGGGAGACACAAUGGACUGACCAUAAGGUCUGGCCCAGCUGCCCAGAGAUCUGCCAGCCCCUUAAGGGGCUCCACAGCCCAGACCCACCGGGACAACUGUGACCUACACGGCUCCAACAUUCUGAGGCUCCCUAGAGCCCGUCGACUUUCUGGAGACAGUGAUUCCUCAGCGUCGUCAGUUCAGAGCGGGAGUCUGCCCAGGAGACGUAACGAAGAGGGCAGCCUGGCACUCCGAAGGGAGUCUGGAAAACGCAUCUCUGAAGGAGUUGGGCUGCACGCCAGCGCCAGUCCCAAGAGGCUGCCGGACAGCCGCAGCCAGUCGCGAGAACGGGGCAGCUUGCCGAGGCCUUCGCCGGGGGCAAAGAGGACUGAGGCUGGCGACCGGGGCCGUCCACGGCUGCCAAAUGGGUCUAGCAAGCCAGUGGCCCAGAGCCCACACCCCAGAGCCCACAGCCAGGGGAGGCCUGUUGGAGAACCCGUGCUCCUUAUCAACCGAGGGAAGGAUGGGCAACAUUCUUGGGCACGAUCUGAGGACCCGAAGGAGAACUUGGGCAGCUCUGGCAGAGUCACCCCCAGGACCAAGAGCCCGGCAAGGGGCCACUUUGCUUCUGCGGGUUCCAGGAGUCCAGUGCUCACCAACCGAAGGGGGUCUCUUCCUGCUACCAAAGUCACAGACGCCUCAGCCCGAGGAGCGUCCUCAGAUUCCGGGUCCCAGAGGCAGCGGCAGCCAUGUUUGAUGGCGCCAAGAGUCCCUUCAAGGGAGCAGUGGUCUAGGGGGCCCUCACAUGUCCGGCAGCCCUCAGACAGUUUAGGGCAAGAGUUGGAGGAAGCGGCCCGCACCUUCCGGACCCCGCUGCGUCUCGACCCGAGCCAAGAGCAGCAGCUUUACCGACGGCUGGAAGAGGAGUUUCUGGCCAAUUCCCAAAUGAUGGGCCUACAGGAAGACGAGGAGCAAGAACAGGUGGAGCCUCUGGGGCGAGGCUGUGACGGCUCUCGACUCCUGCAAACCACCCCGGACCAAGGAGCUGCUGACUCCGCCUACUGCUCCUCCAGCUCUUCAUCUUCUUCCCUCAAUUUCUUCAGCAAAUACGGCCUCCAGGCCGAGUCCAAAGAGGAACCCAAGAGGAACCUUCCCUCCCAAAGGGUCUGGGCCUCGGAUGCGGGUGCAGCUCCCUCUGACAUCCCCAAUGGCUCUGCUGACGCCUCUGACCUCUGGGACUCUCCCACAACUCUGGAGCGAGCCACACGUUGGCGGAAGCCGGCCUUGUCGAGUUCCUCUGAUGAAAGCAACUGCUACGUGGGCUUGCAAGAGGUGCAGGAAGGAGUGGAGCUGUCCAAGCCACGAGCAGGCAGCCCGUGGGGCGCUGUGGAACAGGCGGCCUCCGAUGCAGACUCGGAAUCUUUGCACUGUGAAUUUGGCAAGGAGCCUCCGGUGCAGCUCCCCGAUGGGUCCCCAGGAACUCCUCCCCCUGAGGAAGUCAUUCUCAGGCAGAAGACAUCCCUGAAGAAACCCGACCGUGUGCCUUCCAUCUAUAAGCUCAAGUUGCGUCCCAGGAUCAAGCCCCGCACAGACUCUCAGCCAGACAAGAAGCCGACCAAGAUCCCCACGCCCCUCAGCUACAAGGCCGUGGGGGCCAGCAAAUCUCCAGCAGGGGGCGCCUCGCCCAAGGACAGUCCUUCCAAGCGCCAGACCGAGCACAGGACCUGGACGACUUUCCACAAUGUGUUCUCCUCCUUUGUGGAGCCUGCCCGGGGCCCAGCAGAGUCAGGGGUGGCCGACGAAGGCACGUGGGCCUGAGGGUUCCCGGAAGAGAGUGCAGCGUGGGCUGCUUCCGUUACCCUGCUCUUCCCCUACCUGCUGCUGCCAUGGGCAUAUUUCCUUCAUGACCUUGAUAUUGCUGCUGUUUCGAAAAGUUAGGCGGGGGGGGGGUCCAACUCUGGCACUUCAGAUGUUCAUGGACUACAAUUCCCAUCGGCCCCUGCUGGCAUGGCCAAUUGGCUGUUGGGGAUUGUAGUCCAUGAACACCUGAAGUGCCAGAGUUGGACACCUCUGAGAUAGAGGGAAUGGGGGGUGGCUUUUAUCCCGAAGGUGGUACUUCCGUCGUUAUUUUUUUAACCGAGGCUGGAAGUUGGCAUGGCUUUUUAAUUUCCUUCUCCGUGAAAUGCUUUUAGGGGAGAGUCCGUCAGCACUGGAUCCAUAGAGGGAGGAGUCUCCAAAGACAGCCUGCAAAUCUCUGGGGCUGGAUAUCUCCCUUUGUGAUACUAUUGCAGUACUUUACAAAUCUCCCUGUUGUAGUACUAUUGAAUUCCCCCCUCUCCUUUAGCCUUCUGAAUUCAAUAGCACUUUGCCUCUCCGACCCUCUUGGCUGGCCUGGCCUCCCCAUAUUUCUCCCUCAGGAGAAGGGCUGAAACUCUGGCCUCUUGGGGGACCGAGUCCUGAAAAUACUUACUGAUACGGGAUAAGUGUGCAUGGGGUGUGGGAGGGGCCUGCAGAGAGCAACUCCCUGGUAUGCAAGGUGAUGGCGUUUAUUUUUUUAAAAGAAGCUUCUCUUUUAACGGAUUAUAUUUUUAACAAGACGUGUUUUGGAGAGGAGGUCAGGGAGGGGGUGCUGAAGUCUUGCACAUGAAUUUCUCUUCAGCCGGACCCUCUCGGCUUCCUAGAACCUGGGCCAUUAGAGUCCCCUUGACCCUCGAUGUACUGUAGGUGUGUUUUAAUAAUCUAUGCAUAUUUAUAUAUGUAAUAUGGAGGUGUCGCACUUGGUCAGGAGCGACCCCCUCCGCUAGAGCGCCCGCCCAUCGUCCGACCCCAUGAAUGUAGCUAACUGAACUGACCUGCAAGCUCUCGAAACCCAGACAGUAAAAAUGGACAAAUCGAA